CUGAUCGUCUGUUCUGAGCCUGGCCUCAGUCCAACACCACACCUCCUGCAGCAGAGGGUAGAACUAGGAAGUCACUCCCACGUUCUCUGUCGAGCAGUUUCAGAGAAACGAAACUUAACUCUGUCUUUAUCAGUGUGAGCGAUAAAAUAGCAGAGACCAGUCUCGGGGUGGGUCUGCUCAGAACCAGGAAAUAUCUCCUGCUCAUUCUCAUACAGAUUCAGAGAAACUACACUACAUUCUGGGCUAAAACUAAUCUGUCACUUUGAGCAGUAAAAUGGCACAAGCUGUAGGUCUUCUGGAUCAGGACCAGUUCAGUUGCUCGAUCUGUCUGGAUCUACUGAAGGAUCCGGUGGCUAUUCCCUGUGGACACAGUUACUGUCUGGGUUGUAUUAAGGGCUGCUGGAAUCAGGAUGAUCAUACUGGUGUCUACAGCUGUCCCCAGUGCAGACAGAUCUUCUGGCCAAGGCCCAUCCUGAACAAAAACACCAUGCUGGCUGAAGUGGUGGAGAAACUGAAAAAGACAGGACUCCAAGCUGCUCCUCCUGCUCAAUGUUACGCUGGAUCUGGAGACGUGGAGUGUGAUGUCUGCACUGAGAGAAAGUGCAAAGCCAUCAAGUCCUGUUUGGUUUGUCUGGCCUCUUACUGUGAAACUCACCUCCAGCCUCACUAUGAAUCUCCUCCUCUAAAGAAACACAAACUGGUCAAAGCCAUUGGAAACCUUCAGGAGAAGAUCUGCUCUCAUCAUGACAAACUGCUGGAGAUUUACUGUCGAACCGAUGAGCAGUGUAUCUGUUAUCUGUGUACAGUUGAGGAACACAGAGGCCAUGAUGCUGUCUCACUUGCAACAGAAAUAACUGAGAAACAGACGCAGCUGGUGGGGACACAGGGUAAAUUCCAGCAGAGGAUACAAGAGAGAGAAAAGGAGCUUCAGGAUCUGAGACAGGCUGUGCAGUCACUCAAGCGCUCUGCACAGGCAGCAGUGGAGGACAGUGAGAGGAUCUUCACUGAGCUGAUCUGCUCCAUUAAGAGAAGGCACUCUGAGGUGAAAGAGCUGAUCAGAGAUCAGGAGAAGGCUGCAGUGAGUCGGGCUGAAGGGCUCCUGGAGCGACUGGAGCAGGAGAUUGCUGAGCUGAGGAGGAGAGAUGCUGAGCUGGAGCAGCUUUCACACACAGAGGAUCACAUCCAUUUCCUCCAGAGCUUUAAGUCUCUCUGUGUCCCUCCUGGACCUGGAGACUUGCCCAGCAUCACCAUCAACCCACACAUCUCCUUUGAGACCGUGAGGAAAUAUGUCUCUGAGCUGAAUGAGCGACUAGAGGAUGCCUGCAAGGAGGAAACGUCUAUGAUCUCCAAGGCAGGCAGAGCAGUGGGCAUUUAUGGCUGCUUCACUGAGACUGGAGAAGUGGAGGCCUGUCCCCUCUGCAUGGAGCCCUUGCAGAAGAAGCAGAGGCUGAAAUGUGCUCAUGCCUUCUGCGCAGCCUGUCUGGAGAGAUUUGUGGAAAGACUGGGUCUCCAGUGCCCAGUGUGUCUAAAAGCACUCAGAGUGCUGGGAGACCAGCCAGAGGGAGAGAUGAUGCAGGGAUGGUGCCGUAACUUUGCCGGACAUACAUAUUUUCAUAUCACAUACAAUAUUCCCAGGGGAAUUCAGAUGGAGACCCAUCCCAACCCAGGGAAGCCUUUUAUUGGAACCCAAAGUUUGACCAUUUUACCAAUCACCCCAGAGGGUGAGGAAGUGCUGAACCUGCUGGUAAGAGCCUUUGACCAGAAGCUGGUUUUCACUGUGGCUGCAACUGAUGAAGAGGAAGACAGAGUCGUCUUCAAUGGCAUCCCCAAUGCAGAGGGCUGGUUUGAAUGCGGACAGCCUGGCUUCUUACAAAAAGUGAAGGCAGCACUCAGAGCCAAAGGCAUUCAAUGAUUGGAUGAACAGAGACGUCAGAUCCUCAGUACAGCACCACCAAAUGUACCAGAAGAGAAACACCCAGAAACACACCUCAUUGCAUGGAUACCAAGAUGGGCACAAGACAGACAGACAUUAGACACCAAGUUGUUGACCUUUGCCCUCUGUGAUGUCAGGGAGCAGAAUCAUGACUGAAGAUAAUCAGAGGGAUGCAUUCCAUUACUUUUUACUCCUCACCUCCUUUCCUCCCCUCCCCCGCUACCACUCGUCUCCUACCCGGAAGUAUGUGGAGGAAAGGAGGGGAGGAGGGGAGGGGAGGAAAGGAGGGCAGGAGGGGAGUGGAAGAAAGGAGGGGAGGAGGGGAGUGGA